AUGUACAAACAACAACAACUUCAACUUCAACUCUUCUUUUCCAAAACAUUAAAUUGCUCCGCAGAGAAGGCUCAAGUGAAUUCCUCUCGGAACGAAUUAAUCAUCAUUGAUCAAACAAAUAACAAGAUUAACAUUUACGAUUUGAUAUCGUGCUCUCUCAAAUAUGUGAUUGGAUUCUCUGUUUCCGUAUGGAUGGAAUACAUUGAUCAAUCAUCCUCACAAUUCCGAGCUAUUAGUAUUGCUGUGGAUGAAACGAGACCUGAUGAAGCCAUUCUCCUCCUCGAAUAUCAAAUGAAAAGAAUUAUGACUAAAAUUCCAUUGGGAAGAAGUUUAAAUUCUUCAUAUCGAUUGGCUAGUUGGAGAGUUGUGAGUGAAAAGCAGAGUGUUUCGGUAGAGUUUAGUCAUUCUCUUUCGUGUGAUGGAGAAGGAAGAGUUUAUUCCAUGUUUAAUAUUAAUGGAAAACCGAGAGGGCAGGUGGGUGUGUUUGAUUUUGAUAGUGGCAAAUUGUUGGGUGUGUUCGAUUUCAAUAACAUUCCACAAUCAUUUGGAAUUUUUUCGUUUUAUGCCACUAAGGACUAUUUCUAUAUUACUUUUGCUGAUAAUGCAAGAUACACCUACAUUAGAGCAUUUCACAAGAACUUUCCAAAAGAUAAUCAAUUUUUCACAAUUGAAAAUUCAUUGAAAAUCUUUACUACUUUUGAUGAAUGGGAUAUUAGAGGAUGUCAUUGCAGGAUUAGUCACAUUACAGAGUUAUUGGAAAAGAACAAAUUUAUUUAUAGGAGUCUAUACAAUAUAAUUGAACGAACGUUCACAAGCUCAAUGAAUAGUUCAUCACUGAUUCAUUUUGAUAAUAAGGUGAAAUCAAUUAUUCAUUAUGAUAGUAAGAGAGGGGAAUUGUACUGCUCUGAACAAGAGAGAAUUCUCGUCUUUAAAUAUCCUCCUUCUGGAGCGUAUUUAUCAUGGUUUUGUAACAAGUUAUUCAAGUUGGCUAGGAAUUGCUUUUUGGUGGAUAUUUCCUUUAAAUAA